AUGGCUGUUGACUGCAUCCCCAUGGCCGCAGGCCACCUUCCCUUCAACAACGUUCAACACAACGUGGGAACAAACAUGGGCAGCAACAACCCAUACGCCCGCUACAUUUCACCAUCACCAUCCUACUCUCGACGGUCGCGUUCUGAGUCUUUGAACACCGCACCUUCUAUCUGGUAUUCCGGCGCACCCGAACAUUAUCCGGUGGAGCCGAGACGCAAAAGAGAGCACUCUACUCCUCGUCGCCGCACCAAGUACCCCCGCCACUCACAGCUUGUGCAACCCGAUAUCAUCGACAGACUGGACGAUGUCACCAAUUUCUCCUAUCACCACGAGGGCCCGUACGACGCAGCCCGCCCUGAACGAAACCGCUAUGUUCAAUCCAGCCCUCUGGAAGCCGUCAAGGAGUCAAAUGCCGAGGCUCUCCGGGCUACCCCCCACCACAAAAUCGCCGACGCCCUAAACAGUCAUCGUCCACUGGAUGGCGUCGCUUUUUACCCUCCUGGAACCACGGAUCGCAAUGGCCAGGAGUACUCCUACGAAGAGGGAUCGAAUAUGAUGAACGACUUUUCUGGUAACUUUAUGCGCAUUCCUGGAAUGAAAUUCACCGAUGAGGACUUCAAGAACGACCCAUUCUACAACCGUCCCCUGGUGAACCCGUUCUCUGAACUACGAAAGAAAAUCAGUCUGCGACUCAAGAAACGACGCAAUACCAACUAA